AUGCCUUAAUAAGAAGAAGAAGAAAAUAAUUCUUAAUAAAUAAAGUCUCCUUUGUAAUACUAAGAAAACAUUGAGAGAAAACUAACUAACUCCACUCUCAUACAUGUAAACAACUAGUAUUAGACAGAAAUUUAUAGCAGUAAAUAAGAAGUCGAAUACUUUUCCAACGAUGCCAGUGACUUUGAAGAACCUGCUGUUAUUGAGUGCCCUAAAUGUCUUAAAGUAUGUUAAACUAAAAUUUAAGUUAAAUCAGGCAAAAAUACUUACUUAUGUUCUGGACUGCUAUUUGUACUUUCAAUUGGUAUUUGUUGCGUUCUACCAUUAUUAAGCAGUGGAUUUAAAGAUAAAAUUCACUUUUGCUCUGCAUGUGGUAAUUAAGUGGGAAUCCAUAAAUUCAGAAUUUGCUGA